AUCUUAAAGCCUGAUUAUGCACAAAGCUACUGUUCUAUUUACCAGAAUGUGAACUCAACAGGCCGUUUGCGGCAUUUCCCAUCCGUUGCGAUAUGGGCACAGAAUCGAAUUGCAGUCAGCGCAUUGGAAAGCCAGAAAUUAAUAACGCCAAUGUCAAAGUCAAAAGUGAUAACGUCAAUCCUGACGCGACGCCACCCACCUACUACGACUCUGAGCCAUCAGCACAGCCACAAAAAUACCCCAACAGCCAAACCACAUCAACUGGGUCCCGGAGUAAGGCUAUAGAUCAACGCAGUGCCGGUGCACCCGCAAGUACUAUCGCGGCAGUCCUCGGUUCUGACUAUGUCGAUUUGGAUGCUCAGCGACGGGCAGACCGCAAGAAGAAGACUAUUCUCGAGCGGUGGAAUGAUUUCAAAGAAAGAAACUUUGGUACUUACAAUGUGUCAGACGACAGAGCUGGUGCGGCAAGUGCAGCGGAGUGGAAUAUACAGGGCGUGAGAGUAGGUGGAUGACUAGCGACGCC